AUGUCAGACUUAUUCACUCUAGAAGAAUUCGAUCAGGAUGAAGUCUUCUCCUUAUCAUUCUCAAACAAUGGUUCAUUUAUGAACUCCAUUCCUACUUUAUCAUCAAGUCCUAAUGGCUCUCUACUAUCUACUUCACCAUCAGAUUCCUUCCUAGAUAAUAAUUACACUCCUGCUUUAUUGUCUACUUCAAAUCAAUCAAAUUAUUUAAAUGAAAAUUACAAUAAUAAUAAAUUUAAUACAGAAAUCUUCAAAUUAGAGGAUAAUCAUUCCUCAAUAAAUGAAAAUUUCUCAUUUAUUGAAAAUAAAAAGAAUUUAAAUCAUAGAACGAUAGAUAUUACUCAAUCAACUAAUAAUAAUAAUAAUAUUGCAAAUAAUAGUAAUAAUAAUAUUGAUGCUUUUGCUAACGUUGCUCAACAAAAUUAUAGAAUUUGGGCUUCUUCAGUUUGA